AUGCCACCAGUCCUGAUUCUCCUGGCCCUACUUCUGCCUCUUGGAGCUGGAGCAGAAGAGAUCCUCGGGAGCCAUGAGUUCAAGCCCCACUCUUGCCCCUACAUGGCAUUUAUUAAGUCUGAGGAAAGUGACGGGAAUGUCAGUUACUGUGAAGGCUUUCUGAUUCCAGACAACUUUGUGCUGACAGCUGCUCACUGCAAUGACAGCUCAAUGACAGUCACACUGGGGACCCACAACCUAAAGGCUAAGGAGGCGACACAGCAGAUCAUCCCUGUGGCAGAAGCCAUUCCCUAUCCAGACUAUAAUGGUACUGUCUUCUCCAGUGACAUCAUUCUGUUAAAGCUGAAGAGUAAGGCCAAGAGGACUAGAGCUGUGAGGCCCCUCAACCUGCCCAGGCGAAAUGUCAACGGGAAGCCAGGAGAUGUGUGCUCUAUAGCUGGUUGGGGACAGAUGGUGCCAAAUGGGUCAUUAGCAAACAUACUGCACGAGGUUGAGUUGACAGUACAAAAGGAUUGGAUAACAGAAAUGACAUUUGUGCAGGUUUACAUCAUGAGAGAUGCACGUAUGCAGAAGCACAAUUCAGAAGCACAGAUGAAUGUGAAUCAAGGAGGCUGUUAA